AUGGAAAAGAAAAGUAGUUAUAAAACAGUGUUAUUAGGAGAAUCUUCAGUAGGAAAAUCAAGUAUAGUGCUACGUUUAACAAAAGAUACAUUUCAUGAUAAUACAAAUACAACAAUAGGUGCUUCAUUUUGUACAUAUGUAGUUAAUUUGAAUGAAUUAAAAGUAAAAAAUAAUAAUAUAAAUAAAAAUAAUAAUAAUGACAAUAUUUUAAACGAAAAUAAUAAUAACGAAAGUGUAUGUAAUAUAAAAUUUGAUAUAUGGGAUACAGCAGGGCAAGAAAGAUAUGCAAGCAUUGUACCUUUAUACUAUCGAGGUGCUACAUGUGCUAUAGUAGUCUUCGACAUUAGUAAUUCUAAUAGUUUAGAUAGAGCUAAAACGUGGGUAAAUCAAUUAAAAAUUAGCAGCAAUUAUAUUAUAAUUUUAGUUGCUAACAAAAUAGAUAAAAAUAAAUUUCAAGUAGAUAUGCUAGAAGUACAAAAAUAUGCUCAAGAAAAUAAUUUACUUUUUAUUCAAACAAGUGCAAAAACAGGAACUAAUAUUAAAAACAUUUUUUAUAUGCUUGCAGAAGAGAUAUAUAAAAAUAUUAUAAAUAAAAAAGGUAGUAUAGACAAUACAAUAAAUAAAAACUUAAUAAGCCUAGAUAAAGAAAAAAAUCAAAAAAAAAACUGCUGUUAA